CUGAACUUAAAACACACACACACACAAAAACGACCCAGCCUCUAUAUGGAUUUCUUCAAUAGCAGCGUAAGCUACCAACCUGGACGUUAGCAUCCCAUUGCUAGCAGAAAUAAUGUAACCGACGGGAGGUCGAGCUUCUCCUUCAGUCGUGGAGCGGAGUUGAGAGCCAGGAGCGUCCACAUAUUUCACAGCAACAGUAGAAGAGUGGCUGCAGUCCAGUCAUAGGAGGUAGGAGGGCAGAGGAACAGUUUGGAGAGUAAACAUCCUUCUGCUUGACUCAUGCUCACAAAGGUCUCAUUCUGUUUAUUGAGCUCCAGCCACGGGUGAAGGCAGCAGUAGAGGUUUGGAUGCAGGUUGUAUGCUGGCUGCUGUGCCUCGGCACGGCAGGAGCACUGGCUGUAUUGCAGAAGGACCAGGUGGCUCAGCACGUCGUUAAGCUUUAUCGGAGCAAAGGGGCCGUACAAGGCCACAGCUGGGUGGCCAGUAACUGCAAGCGACUGGUGGGUCUCCUGCGUCAGAAGAAUGUGGUCGUCAAGAAGCUGGCGACAGCUGCUGAUGCUGUUGGACGAGACCGGGCCCUUUCAGAACCCGAGAGGCACUUCCAGGUUCAUACGCUGGAGGUUUUCCAAAAGGAGCUGAAUGAGAGCGAGCACCUGGUGUUCCAGGCGGUGCACAGCCUGCAGAGGGCGCUGCAGGGAGACUACAGGGAUGUGGUCAACAUGAAGGAGAGCAGCAGGCAGAGGCUGGAGGCCCUCAGGGAGGCAGCCAUAAAGGAAGAACAGGAAUACGUGGAGUUGGUGGCUGCCGAGAAACACCAGCAGGAAGCUGUUAAGAGCGCUUUAGCCCAGAACAAGACCCUGUCCAUGCUGGAUGAGAUCCUGGAGGAUGUCAGGAAGGCAGCAGACCGGCUAGAAGAGGAGAUCGAGGAGCAUGCGUUUGACAACAACAAACAGAUGAAAGGAGUAAAUGUAGAGGCGGUGUUGAGAGUGGAGGAUGACGAAGAGAAUGGAGGGAAGAGGAAGAACAAGUCCCACCAGAAGGAAGUGGAGGAUGACCUGGGACUGAGCAUGCUCAUUGACUCGCAGAACAACCAGUACGUCUUGACCAAACCACGAGACUCAACGAUGCCGAGAGCCGAUCAUCACUUCAUCAAGGACUUGGUGUCAGUGGUGAUGUUGUCCCUGCCCUGUGGUUGGAUGUGCACCCUGGUCGGUCUUCCUCCCAUGUUUGGAUAUAUCAUCUGUGGGGUCCUACUUGGUCCUUCUGGUCUCAAUAGCAUCAAGUCGAUGGUCCAGGUCGAGACUCUGGGGGAGUUUGGUGUGUUUUUCACUCUCUUCGUGGUGGGGUUGGAGUUCUCACCCGAGCGCCUUCGAAAGGUAUGGAAGAUAUCAGUCCAGGGGUCGUGCUUCUUGAGUCUGCUCAUGGUGGGGGCCGGUUUGUUGUGGGGACAAGUCCUGCGUAUUCGACCCACCCAGACUGUCUUCAUUUCCACUUGUCUCUCACUGUCCAGCACUCCACUAGUGUCCCGCUUUUUAGCAGGGGUCAGCAGAGGGGACAAAGAAGGUGACCUGGAUUACAGCAGCGUUCUCCUCGGGAUGUUAGUGAUGCAAGAUGUUCAGCUCGGCCUCUUCAUUGCCGUCAUGCCGACUCUGAUCCAGGCACAGAGUGGAGACCUGGACAGCUUCCUCUUUGGGAGUCUCCGUGUCUUGUACCUCCUGGCCCUGGUCCUGGUCUCGCUGGCUGCGGUGCUGCUGCUGUGUUUGUUACUCAGAUCAUUUGUGAUUGGACCAUAUUACAAGAAACUGCACGUCGAGAGCAAAGGCAGCAAGGAGAUCCUGGUGCUGGGGAUGGCAGCUUUUGUCUUUUUCAUGCUGACGGUAACAGAGUUUUUGGAUGUUUCUAUGGAGCUGGGCUGUUUCCUGGCUGGAGCUUUGCUGUCCGCACAGGGUCACAUGGUUACAGCGGAGGUCAUGGGAUGCAUUGAGCCGAUCAGAGAUUUCCUCGCCAUCAUCUUCUUCGCCUCUAUUGGUUUCCAUGUGUUCCCGACGUUUGUGCUGUACGAACUCACCAUUCUGCUGGUGCUGACGCUCACACUCGUCAUCAUGAAAUUCGUAAUGGCCGUUCUGGUUCUGUCGGCCAUCUUGCCUCCAGGCUCUCGACACAUUCGGUGGAUCGUUUCAGCUGGUCUGGCUCAGGUCAGCGAAUUCUCCUUCGUCUUGAGCAGCCGUGCCCGUCGUGCAGGCAUCAUCUCCAGAGAGGUGUACCUGCUGGUUCUCAGUGUCACAACCCUCAGUCUGCUACUGGCUCCGGUGCUGUGGAGAGUUACCACACACAAAUGGGUUCCCUGGCCUGAACGCAAAACGGUCACAUGACCAGACCAGCUUCAGGGACGAAGGGUUCCCAGCGUAACUCAUACAAAACUGGCAGCGGCAGCUCGAGAACUUCAGAAAGGCUCUUGUGUUAAUGGCACAGCCUGUUGGACCAAAUCUUGAUUCCUCUCCGUCUUGAUUUAUCAGACUCGGUCCACAGUAGGAGUUAUAUUUUGUUUUGUUUUGUUUUUAAAUGCCUCCCUUGGGUUGUUAUAAAGGUCUUCUGCUUUGUAUCAGCCAUUACAUUUUUCUCCUUGUCCGGGACUUUCCAUGCAGUGUUUAAAUGUAGGUCCUGUAUAACAUCUUAUUUGAUACUAAAAUGAUUUCAGCACUGAACAUCUCUUCUUUUAGCCAAAAUCCACAGUCUUAAGGACUUGACAGAAUCCUUGAUGGGAAGCACACGUUCUUGACAGUACAGUGGAGAAGCACAAGUACUUGAUUUCCUUCCAGUUCUGAUGAUGUUGAUGAUUUAAUGUACUUUCUUAUGCAUUACGAAGAAAAACAAACACCUUCCUCUCCAUCAUUUGUUUUUUUUAUCUUAACAGUUGUGACCGCACUUUCAACACCAAGUUUGUCAGUUCCUUAUAAUGACCGCAGAGACCAAAUGCGAAAGUUCCACUUAAUAUUUUCUUUCUUUUUCAUGUAUGAGUGAUAUUAUUUCUUUAACGGGGAAAACUUUUUGCCUUAAUUUUUUUUCCAUAUUUGACUUAAGUUUUUGCAAAAUGGCAGAUAUGGAUUCUUAAUGAAGUGCAAACCUUCUAGCUGCUGUAUUUAAUAGAUGAUACUUGUAGUUUCUUCUAAUCAUUGUACUACUGUGACUUUAUUUGUUAUGACACUUUCAGUGUAACCUAAAACUACAGUAAUUCCAUUUAUGAGCGCUAUAACUGUCUUUCUUAGGCUCUCCAUUCUUGUUAAAGUCAUGUAACCUUGGGUAUACAGCCCGAUAGGAGUAGUGUUAAAUAGUAAGAAGUAAAACUGGAGAUAAAGAAAUAUUAGCAGCUCACGCAAACAGAACACUAAUCAGAAUGUAUUUACUGAUGUUACAUGUUAAGCAAAAUCCCGCACUUCUUACCAUGGAAUGUCAAACUUAUGUGCCUGCUCAACACUGCAUUGCACUAAAGCCGCACUAAGACUGAGGAGUGUGACCUCGCUGUUAGAGAGCAUCUCUGUGGCUUCUCAUGCUGUAAAAGUUCUUGUCUAACCUUCCAUAAUGUGCAAUGUAAAUGUAUGUGUGUAGCUAUGUACUACAUUUUGUUUCAUGUUUGUUUUUUGUUUUUCUGUUUUUGUUGGUUUUUUUUAUAUAUAUUUUUUUUGCAGUACUAACCCAGAGUAUGAUUUUUCUUGCCUCAAUAUACUGAAUUGAGUUUAGAUUCUUGUUGUUCAUGGCCGUUACAGACACUUCCAGGCACAAAGAAGAUGCUGUUUUCAUCAAAAUGUAAAAAUUUUUUUAGUUGUUUUAUGCAUUUGUUUAUUUAUUAAAAAUAUGAACUAGUAUGACUUA